AAACUUUUUUGAAAAACAAUAUUAUAUCGACGUAGGAGAACGAAAAUGUUUACCAUUUGCAAAUUAAUUCCUAUCCUUGUUACUGUUGCAUGCGUCAACGCGCUUGAUUUGAGUUUUUUGAAAAGUGCAUUUGAUCAAGCUAUAGGAUCAGCUAUGGGACCUUUCUUAGAUUGCGUAAUGCUACAAUAUUGUGACUGUGAAGUACUUGAAGAAGAAAAAAUAUGUUGGGAUAAAAUGCCUCAAAAUGCUAUUAACUUUAUUAGAAAUACAGUGAUUGCACAAUGUGAUCUCAAUGGUGAAUCUGGAUUGCCACUGUGCGAAGAGGGAAAUGUAACUUCAUGCCUUUUGCCUUAUAUGUGUUCGAAUAAAGAGAAACUCAAAAGUCACUUGACAGCAGUCUUCGAGUCUUUGAAUGAAUACAAUAUCGAUCUUUCAACUUCAACAGAUCCAAUAAAAGUUGCUGAUAAUAAGAAAUUGGAAGAGUUCAAAGUUUGCUUUUCCCCAUUCAUUAGCUAUUGCAUGAUGCUUCCCACGUACUGCAAAAGUGAAAUGGGUUGAGGAAUCAGGAGCUAUCGUCUAGUCUCUUUGAGGAUCAUAAGGAAAAAAAAGAAUGAAAUUUCUAAAAACCCCUUCUUCCCAGAUACUAUUAAAGAUAAUUGUUUAGAAUAUA